AAGCCCAGCUAAAAAUAUCAGUCGAAUCAAUAUUUGAAGACAGAAAUUUAUGUGUUUCAUAACAUAUUUUUAUGUUAGUUCGGGUGGAGUCUUCGAAUAGUGGUGGUUUCAUUGGUGUCAACUCCUACAGCUUGAGAAGUUCAUCUGAACUUGGAUAUUGAAAGCUGUACUGGAACUUCGAGCUUCAAUCAUGAAGGUGUCAUUGCAUUUUCAAGUAUUGGCUGCACUCUACAUCUGUAAUUUUGUGUGUGGAAGUGAGGAAAGUGAAAUAGCUCCCAGUAUGGAUUAUCCCUAUAUUGUGCAUAAUAUGAAUAAACUGGCAGACAGAUGGGAAAAUGUUGUAAUCAGAUUAUCCUUCUUACAAGAUCUUGAAAUCAACAAACUUUUGGAUCAAUACAAGAAUGUAGUUCACACCCAUAAUUCAAAAGUUGAAGAUUUUCUGAAAAAAAUAGUGAUACAGCAUUGUAUUUCACGCAAUCUGAUGAAAAAUUUAAAAUUGAAUCUUGAAGAUGAAAACGAUAAUUAUGUAGCUCUUUUGACAACAGCUAUCAAAUUGCAAAUGGAAGUCAGCAACUCAAGGAUCAGCAAUGAACAGUUUGACCUUCAGAUGGAGGAGGAAAAUAAAUUCAAACUGAAGAAAAUUGAUGAGGCCUUAAGCCUAAAAGAAUUAUCAGAAGAUGAUAAAUCUAACACUCUUCCAGUAAUGAGAGAAAAAAUGAAAUACGUGGUUCAUACUACCGCUAUGGAGUAUAUCUACCUGAGCAUGGUUGACUCACGGAUUUCCACAUUUCUAAUCAAUUUAUUUAAUCUGAUGGAUGUGAAUCAGAAGACAGCUGAUGGAUUUGUGUAUUAUGACGUCAUACUGCUGUUUGAUCCAACUUCAAAUUUUCGGAUCGAUACCUAUGAUGAAAAAAGAGAUGGAAAUAAUUUCAUACGCAAAUUCUUCAUGGAGGUUACUUCAGCGAAAGACUAUCUCGAAAAACACGUCAGAAAUAAACAACAGAUGUAUUUUCAAAAUCAAAUGAUGAUGAAUCAUUUCCACCUGAUGUGGGGAAAUUUUUUAUCUGCAAAAUGAUGAAUUUGAUGUUUUGAAUAGGGCAGUUCAACUGAAACUUGAAUAUUUCCAACAAAAAUUGAACAAUUUGACAACAAAUAUUUUCCAAUAUAAGGAUAGUACUGGUGAUAGUAGUUUGUCAUUGGAUAGGCCUAUAUCGUUGGUCGAUAUCUUGACUGAUCCAACUUUCACAGAAUUAAGAAGAAGUCCCAUGGAUUCUAGGAAAAGAGAGAGAUUAGAGAAGGCAUUGACAAUGUGGACCGAAGAAAAACUUGCGAUGUCGAUCAUUGCAGAUGAUGACAUGUUCUUGGUUCUAAAUCAGAUAUUUCUGUACAUUGUUAAGAAUAGGAAUAGAAUAAUUUCUAUGCUUAAGGAAAAAACUUCUUUCGAGGAUAUCAUGCAUAUCAAGAAUGAGUUCAUCCCAGUAUUUUAACAUUAAUAUGGGAAGGAUAUUCAAUCAUUCUUAUUCAUAUUUCGGUGGCUUGGUGCAAAAACUAACAAUGUCAAUUUUUCUAAAAAUGAGUUAAAUACACUACAGUAAUACAUAGCUAAUAUCGAUUAUCUUCAGUUCCAGAAGUGCCAAUGUCCCAUCUCAAAGCAAUAAAAAGUUAAAAAAUUUAUACUAGCAAUGUCAUGAUUUAGUUCCACUCUCAAACUGCGAAAACUACCAAUGAAGACAUAAAUGUUUCUAGAUUGUCAUUCAUACUC